UAAAGAACGCAGGAAAUCACGGAAGAGAGGAUCAAAGGGAAAGCAAAAAGCGUUCUAAGUGAUAUGAUCCCAAUGAAGGACACAUAAGAUACUUUUUAAGCUAACCAAUAUAUAAGAACUUUUAAUCACUCGUAGAUUUCGUUUGUCCACGAAUUGUCUUUCGUUUAUUUCUUGGUAGUUGAAUAAGAAAGAGCAAAAAUGGCAGAUACAUUCAGUCUUCAGAGGGUUUUAGAAACAUUCAGAUCAAGUCUGAGUGAGAAUAAGGAGGUUUACAUUAAAUAUUAUAUAUCAGGAUGGAAAGAGCUGGUCAGCUUCAUGAAUAGUUUGGGGAACGUGUUUUCCUUCAUCUCCAAGGAUGUGGUCUGCAAAAUCCAGAUCCUAGAGAACUUCCUUUCAGGAGAAAACGGAUCCCAUUAUGUCACCAUCCAGUCCAUGGUGAAGUACGAGCUGGAAAAUGACCUGGUGGACAUCACCAAAAGAGGCAACCACCCAGAAUCCGGUUGCCGGACUCUUCUGAGGCUUCAUCGGGCUCUGCGCUGGCUGGAGCUCUUCCUCGAGAGACUGCGAACAAGCUCCGAGGACAGCAAGACCUCAGUCAUGUGUUCGGAUGCCUACAAUGAGUCUCUGGCUCAUCACCACCCCUGGCUCAUCCGUAAAGCUGUCGGCGUGGCGUUCUGUGCACUUCCAGGGCGAAACACGUUCUUUGAUGUGAUGAAUGCAGGUGAUCACACGCAGGUGGUUGCUCUGUUAGGAGAGUCUUUGCCCCUCAUCUCUGAGGUAUACCAGAUCACAGAAGACUUAUAUGCGAAGAACAACCUCCUGGAGUUACCAUAGAGGGAUAGAUUUAGUUCCUUACACUAAUUAAUACAUAGUUCUUGUGGCACAUACUCACUUAUUCACUACAAACAUAGACUUUUUUGAAUGUCUGGCUGUUUAAAAAUAUUCAUUUAUUUGUUUUGCUGAAGGGACAUGCUGCAAUAUGCAGAUUUAAUGCAUUUUAUGCAGGGAUCUGCUCAUUUUACCUAUAAACUACACAACCUUGUUGGCCGAGUGGGCUUUAAAUGUUGGGUGUAUUUUAAUAUACAGUAUUUGAGCUUAGGGAACAAUAUAAAGCCAUGAUGUUUAUUUAAAGGAUGUUUAUGAUAUAUAUUUUAAUUUAAAGUGCUGUGUAUUUGAACAUAUAGGUCAUUUCCUUUUUCCUUGAAUGUUAAUUAUCUUAUUGGUGAUCAUUUUAUUUCACUUGAAUUCAUGUUGAAUGUGUGUAUUACAUCUGCAGCUUUGCUGAAACUACAAAGGGGGAAAUGUUGUAGAUGUAAAGAUAAAAUAUGUAAUGCAAUAAUUAAAUAUAAAGAAAUCUG